AUGUCAAAUAUUUCAGAUAAUUCAGAUAGUUCAGAUAAUUCUUCGGAUAAUAUUUUAUUCAAGCAAUUUACUUCUGCGUAUAUUUUUCUUAAUAAACAUCCAAAUAUUAAUUUUUCAAAUGACAUCAAAUUGAAACUCUACGGUACUUAUAAAUCAGCAACAAUCGGUUCAUGUAAUGUUCCCAAACCCUCGUUAUUGGAUUUCAAAGCAAGGGCAAAAUGGGAUGCAUGGAAAGAAUUUGAUGGAAUUUCGAAAGAAAAGGCAAUGGAUUUAUAUGUUGAUAUUGUUGAAAUUGCGAAUAUUGGAUGGAAUAAAAAUCAUGUUAUUGAUGAUAGUGAAGAUGAUGAAAGCAUUGAAGAAAAUAUUGGAGAAGAGAAUGUUCAAAGUGCAUCACAAGACAGAUGGACAUAUGUUUCUACUUUAUCUUAUGAAGAUGAUGAUAAUGUUGCAAGGUGA